AGGAAGCCUUGCUGAAGCUGGAGCGGCUCGGGUCGGCGCUGUGUGACACGCCGGCACCGUGAAGGGUUAAAGCAGCGCGUGAGCAGCAGCGGCGGCGGCGGCGGCGGCGGUUCGGUUCUGCUCGGCUCAGCUCGGCUCGGCUCUCGCGCUCCGCGGGCAGCGGGCUCGCUCCGGUAUCCGCUCGCUGUGGAUUGUGGGAGUCCGGGACUCUGCCCAGGCUUGUUACCGGAGGACGGCGCAAACGUUCCAGCUGCGCUCGGUUUCCCGUUUCUAGCUCGACACUGGCCGCAGUCUGAAGCACCAUGUCCAGCCGAGGAGGAAAGAAGAAGACGACCAAGACGUCCCGGUCCACCAAGGCCGGCGUCAUCUUCCCCGUGGGACGCAUGCUGCGCUACAUCAAGAGGGGAUUACCCAAAUAUCGCAUCGGGGUGGGGGCGCCCGUCUAUCUGGCUGCUGUCCUCGAAUAUCUCACUGCUGAGAUCCUGGAGUUGGCCGGCAAUGCAGCCCGAGACAACAAGAAGGGCCGCGUGACGCCGCGACACAUCCUGCUGGCUAUCGCCAACGACGAGGAGCUGAACCAGCUGCUGAAAGGUGUGACCAUCGCGGCUGGCGGAGUCCUGCCCAACAUCCACCCGGAGCUGCUGGCCAAAAAGAGAGGCGCCAAGGGCAAACUGGAGACCCCCGUCUCCCCGGCCCCCGAGAAGAAGCCCAAGGCGCCGAAGAAAGCGGUGGCUAAGAAGCUCAGCGGGAAGAAGGCCGGAGGACGGGCCAAGAAACAGGGCGAGGUGAGCAAGGCGGCGUCGGCAGACAGCACCACAGAGGGGUCCCCGGCUGACAGCUUCACCGUGCUCUCCACCAAGAGCCUCUUCCUGGGUCAAAAGCUCAACCUCAUCCACAGCGAGGUCAGUAACUUGGCUGGCUUUGACGUGGAGGGGGUCAUCAAUCCCACCAAUGCUGAACUCGAACUUAAAGACGACCUAGGCUCUGCCCUGGAGAAGAAGGGAGGGAAGGAGUUCAGCGAUGCGGUGCAGGAGGUGAAGAAGAAGAACGGCCCCCUGGAGGUGGCCGGUGCCGUGCUGACCGGCGGCUUCAGCCUGCCCGCCAAGUACGUGGUCCACUGCAACAGUCCGGUGUGGGGCUCCGACAAGUGCGAGGAGAUGCUGGACAAGACGGUGAAGAACUGCCUGGCUCUGGCCGACGAGAAGAAGCUCAAGUCCGUGGCGUUCCCGUCCAUCGGCAGCGGAAGGAACGGCUUCCCCAAGCAGACGGCGGCCCAGCUCAUCCUCAAGGCCAUCUCCAGCUACUUCGUGGCCACCAUGUCUUCCACCAUCAAGACGGUGUACUUCGUGCUGUUCGACAGCGAGAGCAUCGGCAUCUACGUGCAGGAGAUGGCCAAGCUGGAGGCCAGCUAAGAGACGCCGGCGGCGGCGUGAACAUGAAGGAUCCCUCUCCAGGCCGGGAACUCGUUUUUUGCAUUACGUUUGAUAUUUUUCCUAUAUUUUCAAUUUCUUAUUUCCGUGUUUAAAUGUUAGAAGCGGCACUGCUGAUUCUGCGGUCUUUUAUUCGAGACAGUGCUACACAGAUAAAAAAAAAAAAAAAAAAGAGAAAAAAAACAGAUUUAAUUUUCAAGAAACUAUCAGAGGUAGACGGAGGUUAGGAGACGUAGCUACACCUCAGUUAACAGGCUUCCUGGGAAGUCCAGCCAAUACGGGUUAAUGCAUGUGACGGCGGUGAGGACGCGAAAGACGGCUCUUAGCGCCAGACACCGGGUUCUGUGGUGUGUGUUCUUGGUUUUGGAUCUCUGUUGGUUCAGUACUGUAUUACAGUAUCGGUAAACGCUUCAAGAAAAGUUCCCAUUUGCUCUUCUUUGGUCUUCAGGAGACAGUUUUUGUGUUGUGUGUUGCAGUUUCCUCCUCCUGCCUUUGUUUUGCACUGGCAAAAGUAACGUUUUUUUUCUUAAGUGUGCUGCAGAGACCUUGAAUUUCCAAGCAAAGACAAAUAAUCACUGUGUAAUGUAAAAUACCCGCCGCAUGUACUGAAAAUACCAGACCAGUUCAAAUACCACAAAAACUGAUUCACACUCGAUCAGGCGAAGUCCGAGAAUUGGAGAUUGGAGGUUUUUGCAGGGCACCGAUAGUUUAUAUGGUGUGUUCCUAUAAGUGUUCAAAUAGAUGGAGUAUUUGUGAAAUGUUCUAGUAUAAAUAUUGGACUUUAACCACAGAUUUUUAUUUAAUUUAAUUUUCACAAUCAUUCUAAGAAGGAAAAAAGAAGAAGAA